AUGGACAACUGGGCUCUUGACAGCCCCCACUCUCUCUCUGGUGCCCUUCCAUGUCCCCCACUCUCUGCUCCAUUCCCCCACCUAACCCGCUUCCCCCUUCCCUCGUCGCUCUCCCUUCCCUCCCAGGUGAGGGAGAUGGCAAGCAAGCACCACCCGCAUCUCGUGCGGCUGCUGGGCUAUUGCAUUGACUUCAACCCAUCCACACGCCACAUCGAGCAGAUCUUGUGUUUUCUGGUGCUCAUGCAAGCAACUGCAAUUUUCUGGUGCUCACGCUCUUCUGUGGGCAGCUUUGGGGUGGUGAUGCUGGUGGUGAUCACGGCACGCAAGGCCGUUCACAUGGCAGGCGACAUUCAGAUCAACCUCAAGCAGUGGGUGGCUCCCCUGGUGGCAUCUGGUGAUGUGGCAGCAUUCAAGGACCCUCACUUGGAUGCUCCAGAUGACUUGCUGCUGCGCCUGGCUCGCCUCGCCCUCACCUGCACGGCCAUGCCCACUGCCUCCCGCCCCACCAUGGGCCGCGUGUUGGGCGAUCUGCUGAACAUGAAGGAGGAGGUGCUUGGGGGGGCUGAGGCGCACAGGGCUGCAUGCCGCAUUGACAGAGAGAUCGGCAGCUCAGCGGCUCACACGGUGGACUUUGAUGCCCAGCUGGCUCGUGUGGAGCAGAUGGGAACUCAGGGCCGUUCAUCUAGUGAUGCAUGA